AUGCCUAAAAGCUCUGUUGCGGCGAGCUAUGCUUUGGCAAAAAUCAGCGCGUGGCUAUUGUGGCCCGGCCGCUUCUUUCAGCACAUUUUAGUCUUAACACAUUCAUAUAGAGUCCAACCCCCCAAAAUGACUGAUAAGAUUUUAUUCCAGGAUUAUAUCGAAAUAACGAAUUUGGUGUCUCGCUGGUCUGAAAGUUACGACACAAAGGAUUGGGAUCUUUUGCGAACAUGUCUAGCUCCAAUUUCUCGUCUCGACUUCCGCGGCCUGCAAGGCGAGCUACACGACAAUCUUACGCAACAUCUGAUUGGUGCAAGUACGUGGUCCUACCUAGGAGAAGGAUCGAUUGAAGUGGUCCAUCAAAUGCGCGUCGCCCAUCAGCGCUACACAGACGAGACAUUGGCAGAGGUGGUGAACAAGGGACACGCGCAUGGGUUUGUUUUCCAUCAAUAUAGGAAACUCGACGGGAAGUGGAAAAUUGAAGAUGUGCGGCCUAAGCUAGAAUGGACAGAGUACGACUUGUUUGGGACACUCCGUCCCCCGGAAGAAGCCGCUUCGGUAGAGGCUGUCUGA